GUGGCCCAGGGAGGGUGGGAGGGAAGCCGCUCCUCCUCCUCCUCCCCCCCUCCCUUCCCCAUCGGCCCUUUGCAGCGAGCCGAGGCCGGGCUGGGCGGGCAUGGAGGCGGCUGCUGCAGCCGGAGGAUCCGUCUCGCAGGAGGGCUGGUUCCGCGAGACCUGCAGCCUGUGGCCCGGGCAGGCGCUCUCCCUGCAAGUGGAGGAGGUGCUGCACCACCAGCGCUCGCCCUUCCAGGAGAUCCUGGUCUUCCGCAGCAAAACCUACGGGAACGUCCUGGUUCUUGACGGAGUUAUCCAGUGCACCGAGAGAGAUGAGUUUUCCUACCAGGAAAUGAUCGCCAACCUCCCGCUCUGCAGCCAUCCAAACCCCCGGAAGAUUCUGAUUAUCGGUGGUGGCGAUGGAGGAGUCUUAAGAGAAGUAGUGAAGCAUCCUUCGGUUGAGUCGGUAAUACAGUGUGAAAUUGAUGAGGACGUGAUCCAGGCCUCUAAGAAAUAUCUCCCCGGCAUGGCCGUGGGCUACUCCAGCCCGAAGCUGACGCUCCACGUUGGGGAUGGCUUUGAAUUCAUGAAGCAGAACCAAGAGGCUUUUGAUGUGAUCAUCACCGAUUCCUCGGAUCCCAUGGGUCCAGCUGAAAGCCUGUUUAAGGAAUCCUAUUACCAGCUGAUGAAAACCGCCCUGAGGGAAGAUGGGAUUCUCUGUUGCCAAGGGGAAUGCCAGUGGUUGCACCUCGAUCUCAUUAAGGAGAUGCGCCAGUUCUGUAAAUCCCUCUUUCCAGUGGUCGAGUACGCCUACUGCACCAUCCCGACGUACCCCAGCGGCCAGAUUGGCUUCAUGCUUUGCAGCAAAAAUCCAAACACUAACUUCAGGGAACCGAUCCAGCUACUUUCUCAGGAACAAGUGGAAAAAAUGAGCCUUAAGUAUUACAACUCGAACAUCCACCGAGCGGCAUUCGUCUUGCCAGAGUUUGCACGAAAGGCACUGAGUACCGUGUAAAAAAUGCCACAGGACAGCUUGGCCCUCUUCCCUCAAAGGUCUGGAGAUCUCGAAGUGGCACCACCGUAGAUUUUCUCCGGUGAUGGCUCCGGUCCUCCCGUCCUGCAAGUCCGGGCACCCUCUCUGCCAGCUGAACGUCUCUUCCUAUUAUGUAUUUAAAAAGAAAAGGACUUGGCAUUCGGCUCCUGGCAAGACUCCAAAGCUUCCACUCAGGCCUCGGUUUCAGGCUCUGCGGUUUGGAGGCGUCUCCUUCCAGAACUCAGCAUUAACCCAGCCGGUGUUUUCCGAUUCAUGGAUCUGUAUUUAUA